GUGGAGAGAGAACUCCGGAGGAACGCCUGAGCUGAGCAGCACCAAGGACAGCGCCCAGCAGCCCCGGCGCCCAAGUCUUCCUUGACAGCCCAGCCUCACACACACGCUCAAGUUCUCGCUCUCUCCACACUCGCACGGACACACUUGCACACGCAGACACAUACCCCGCUGUACAAUGGCAGAAUCCCACCUGCAAUCACCCCUGAUCUCUGCCUCACAGUUUUUCGAGAUCUGGCUUCAUUUCGACGCUGACGGAAGUGGUUACCUGGAAGGAAAGGAACUGCAGAACUUGAUCCAGGAGCUCCAGCAGGCGCGGAAGAAGGCUGGAUUGGAGUUAUCACCUGAAAUGAAGACUUUUGUGGAUCAGUAUGGGCAAAGAGAUGAUGGAAAAAUAGGAAUUGUAGAGUUGGCUCAUGUAUUACCCACAGAAGAAAACUUCCUGCUGCUCUUCCGAUGCCAGCAGCUGAAGUCCUGUGAGGAAUUCAUGAAGACAUGGAGAAAAUAUGAUACUGAUCACAGUGGCUUCAUAGAAACCGAGGAGCUUAAGAACUUCCUAAAGGACUUGCUAGAAAAAGCAAACAAGACUGUUGAUGAUACAAAGUUAGCGGAGUAUACAGACCUAAUGCUGAAAUUAUUUGAUUCAAAUAAUGAUGGCAAGCUGGAAUUAACUGAAAUGGCCAGGUUACUACCAGUGCAGGAGAAUUUUCUUCUUAAAUUUCAGGGAAUCAAAAUGUGUGGGAAAGAGUUCAAUAAGGCUUUUGAGUUAUAUGAUCAGGAUGGAAAUGGAUACAUAGACGAAAAUGAACUAGAUGCUUUACUGAAGGAUCUGUGUGAGAAGAACAAACAGGAACUAGAUAUUAAUAAUAUUCCAACAUACAAGAAGAGCAUAAUGGCUUUGUCGGAUGGAGGGAAGCUGUAUCGAACAGAUCUUGCUCUUAUUCUCUGUGCUGGCGACAACUAGUCAGGUGACCAUGACCACUUACUAGCGAUACAUUGUAUCUAAAAAAUAACUGUGCACUGUAAGGGAGUAGGCUGUAUUUUCUUUUGUAUCUGUAAAUUUAACUGCAUAUAGAUAAUUAUCCAGGAUGUGUGGCACAUUCUUUUCAGCUUGUUUCUAUACUGUUUGUAAUAUACAGUUUUUGUAACUAUAUGACUGAUAAGGAAAAUGUCUAUGCUUAGGCCAGUCAAUACACUCAAUUAAAAAAUAAUUAUCUAACAUAGUCUUGCCUUCAGAAAUACAGUUGGACAAGACUUUCCUAAAAAUUUCACCAGGAUUAAUCUCUAAAAUUCUAGUCUCUGAUGUGUAAAUGCACAUUUGUCAUUGAAUAGGAGAAUUAUACAUAACAGGCCAAGCAUUCUUAUUUCAGACAAUUUAAGGACUGUCCCACAUAAUAUUUUUAAGCAAUGUUUCUAAUUAUUAGGAGGAAUGUGCUUUUACAUCUAAAAUAUUCACCAAAAUAUCAAUAAAUAGUUAACUGUGGCUCUUUGAGGUUAAUAGUCUCACUAGAAAAGAUUUAGUUUAUUAAUCAACAACAUGUCUACUGCUUGAAUUUAUACCAAGCUAUUGGUUCAAGUUGAUCUGGUGAUCACAAAAGGAUCAGACUUGAUACUUAAAUCUGUCUGAUUCUAUACCUGUAUUUCCAAUAAGCCUACUGUCAAAAGGGAUGACCUUAAUCCAUUUUCUAAACUGUUUUCAUGUGUUGCUGGUUAUAAUUAUUCUAGUAAACUGCUGUUUUCACAUCAUAUUCUGUGUAAUCUGAUUAAAUUUAAUAUACUGAGUACCCUGGUGUCUAGUUUGCAUACUGCCUGUACUUUCUUUCUAUGUAGAACUAUUCAUUUCCACCAAGGGUAUCUGCUGCCUCUGAAAAUAUUUUUUUCUAGCUAUAACAAUUCUAUUUUUUACCACAUAAUUGAACUUUAAUGUAAAAUUCAUAGCAUCCUGAUUGUUGAAUGUUGUAUCAUCAGUACUUUUGUGUAUUCUGUGGAUCCUAUAUUUCAUAUUGAGAUCGGCAUUCAAAAUGCUCUAUCUGCAAAUAGUUUCAAAUGAGUUGAAAAUUAUAUCUGAAAAGAAAUGCUAAUGUAAUCAUUUAUCUUAUUUAGCAAGGAAGGCUAAAACAUUCUUUUGACCCACAUCUAAGUCACAAGUUCACAUAUUUGUAGGUAGAAUAUUCUAUACUGGUUAGAGCUGACAUGUGAAUGUGGUGUUGUCUGAUUCUUUGUGAAAUAGGGAGCCAUGAGAGAUGUGUUUGAGUGAAAUCUACAAAGUUACCACCAAAGAGUUGAUGAGGAUUCUGGAAUCAGCUUGAAUGCGGCCAUUCUAUAAAUUUAACACUGAUUUUCUCAAUUCAAAGAAAUUUUUAAAAAAAAGUAAGCUAUCCCUUUCCCCCAAGAAUGAAGAGCAAAAGAGACCUGCCAAAAAAUAAAAUGAACCAAAUAAUGUAAGUGAGUGGUAGAUAGACUUUGCCUCUAGUGUGUAAAUGGAAGCACUGAUCUUAGGCUGAAUUUAACUAAGAAUAAAUAAAGAGGAAAAUAACCUU